AUUGAUUCAGUAAUCGUCAUCAACAUGGCUAGGCCGGGUGUUACCAAGCGUUCCUACGAGGAUUUCGAGCCCUUCUGCAGGUGGGAAAGAAGCCCAGAUCAAGACGUCCUCCUCGUCCAUCUUCAGGGGUUCAAGAGGCAGCAGCUGAAAAUUCAGACGAACAACAUGGGAGUGAUGACAAUAACAGGGGAGCGGUGUCUGGACUGCCAGCACAAUCGAUGGGCGCGUUUCAGCAAAGAGACACGCCUCCCCACCAACGACAUCAAGACCAACGAGAUUCACGCCAAGCUUUCCACCGGCAUCCUCUCAGUUGUCCUGCCCAAGAGGCCGGCGGUACUUCCGCAGCCGCCGCCAUCAUCGUCCCCUGACGCUGGCCAUGAGCAUCACGAGUACCAGCCGGUGACGGGAACAGAGCAUCAUUAUCAUGAGGAACAGAGCACACGAGUUUUCGAUGAUCAAGAAUCCGAAGGUGGGACGCAGAGGGUUGUCGGUAAGGAUUUGAUGGCGCCGAUGAAGUUGAGAGGUGUUGGGCGGGUGACGAAUGUUGUAGUUGUGGUUACGGUUGUUGUUGCCGUAGUGGUGGCUGUGGGGGCGGUUUUGGCGGGAUACGGAUUUCGUCGAAGUGGUUCGUAUGCGACGGGCGUAUCGGAAUUGGGAUUUGUGAUUGCGGGAUGAAAAACAGAACGGCUAAACUUUGAGACAUUACGGUGAUUGUGCGUCGCCGUCGAUAUAUGGCUAAUAUUCAUGGCCCAUGGGGGGAAAAGAAAAUUGGUAAAAGAUGUGAAUAUUGUUAUGAAAUAAUUGAUUAUUGUUGAUAUUCAUUUCAUUCUGGGUUAUAAGUAUAAUAUGUCCCUCUACUAUGUAGUUUUAUCAAACAUGCCCUCUACUAUUUUUUACAUCAAACAUGCCCUUAUACUUUGUAAAAAUGGUCAAACAUGCCUUUUUGUUAAAAUUGUCAUCCAAAAACCAUCAAUCAUGGUCGAACCUUGGUUUGGGUGACACCUAUGUCUAAAAUAUUCCUAAUAAUUUCACUUUAUAAUU